AUGAGAAGAGACUGGGAGGAAUUUUCGACUACGAAGGAUGCCAUUUGUUUCAAGGACCUGACGUCAUUCAUCCAACGUAAGGUCACCGUGCUGCAGAACAUUCAGAGUACUACGGUAGAUGUCCCCAUUGCCGGCCAAGUAAAGAAGCCUUCUCAACGACCAGUCGCAAGUAACAAUGCAGCACAGUUCAACGCAAGGAAGUGCAUCGUCUGCAACAACCAUCAUCCACUCUAUCAAUGCGCGACGUUUUCCAAGAUGAGUUCGGAGGAUAAGGAGAAGGAAGUUCGUCGCAAUCAUCUCUGUCGGAACUGCUUGCGGAAGGGUCAUCAAGCGAAGGACUGUUCGUCAACGAGUACCUGCCGCAAGUGUCGGGGCAAGCAUCAUACUCAGCUUUGUUCCAGUCAACAACCAACCAGCUCAGGUCAGAAGACAACCAACUACACAGAUGAAAGGUCUACGCCUGCUGCAUCUACCAGCAAUCCACCCACUGCAUCUGUGUCAGCCACCAUCGAGCCUGCCAGCUUCGCUUCCGUUAGUCAAGGACGGAAGGCAAUUCUACUUGCUACUGCUGUAGUCAUCGUUGUCGACGACAGUGGAAGCGAGCACACAGCACGUGCGCUGCUAGAUUCCGGUAGCGAAUGCUGUUUCGUUACCGAAUCAUUCUCCCAGCGAAUCAAAGCGCAACGGAAGAAGGUCCAUCUUCCGAUAGCUGGCAUCGGUCAAGCGUCGACGCAUGCUAGGCACAAAUUGUCAACCACUACCUGUGCUACUCGACAAUGCUCAUUAUGCCCCCUAUAG